CAAUGGAGGGAGGCAGAAUGCGCUCUGGCUCCACGAGUUUUUUUUUUUUUUUGCGCGUCAGUCCAACAUCUGCAGCGACCUGUUGUAGGUGCGCAGGAAUUUUCUGAGUCAGAUAGCGGCUGCGACGGAGACGCCACACGCGUGGGAUGGCUGUGUCAUUUUUGGACUGUGUUGGGCAUUUUCACGCGGAAGAUCUUUUAAGCGCAUGUUAAGUUUCUUCAAGUUGACACGUUGGGAUUUUUUUUUAUUUUAGAUUGUUCUCUUUUUUUUGUUCUGGGUAGUGAUGGGAUACACAUGAAUGAGUUUACAGCUUUGAAACUGUAGAGUGACCUAAACAGAGGAAAAUGGACAGUGUUAUUUUCUCCUUUGUCAUUGUAUUUAUUAUAGAGGCGCACGCAUUCCGUUACGGCUUUGCCAACAACCUCCAGCCUUUUAUGCCCAAUGUGUGUGCGGAGAAGGAGGUGACGCUGGUCGCCCAAAGGCAGCCAUGUGUGCAGGCCUUCACACGCAUGGUUAAAGUUUGGAAGCAAGGCUGUGUGGGGCAGUCGUGGUGCAUGGGCUAUGAGAGAAGGACAGCCUACUACACGGCAUACAGACAAGUGUACAAACAGGAUUACCAGACUGUGUACAAGUGUUGCCCUGGAUGGUCCCAACUAAACGGAGAGGCGGGCUGUCUUUAUCCGGUGUGUAGCUACGGUGUUUGCUUCAACGGGGGCCAGUGUCGGGAAGGAUCCACUCAGCUCUGUGAUUGUCCCGCAGGGUUCAGCGGCCCCAGCUGCCAGUACGAUGUGAAUGAAUGUGAAGAGACCAAUGGAGGCUGUGAAGCUCUCUGCUGUAACACCAUUGGAAGUUUCUACUGCAGGUGUCCUCCUGGACAGAAACUGAACGAAGAUGGAAAAACAUGUCAAGAUAUUGAUGAAUGCCAGGUCCACAAUGGAGGUUGCCAACACAGAUGCAUUAACACCAGGGGCUCCUACUAUUGCGAAUGUCACCCGGGCUCCCGGCUUCACGUGGAUGGCCGCACCUGCCUCGCUGUCCUUUCGUGUGCCGUUAGCAACGGAGGAUGCGAACACUACUGUGUGCAGCAGUCUGUUGCUCAUUUUCGCUGCCGCUGCAAACCGAACUACGUGCUGUCGGAGGAUGGCAAGCAUUGUAAAUUGCAGGAUCCCUGCGCCGAUCAGAACGGAGGCUGUAUGCACGAGUGUCGAGCUGAUGGUGGCAAGGCCCACUGUGACUGUAAAGUUGGCUACACCCUUGCUGCUGAUGGGAAAACCUGUGAAGAUAUUGAUGAGUGUGAGACAGAAGAGGCCAACUGUGCUCACGGCUGCCAUAACACUCUGGGCUCUUACGUCUGUGUUUGCAACGCUGCCUAUGAGCUGGGAUCUGAUGGAAAGCAGUGUUACAGAAUUGAGAUGGAAAUUGUGAACAGCUGUGAGAACAACAAUGGUGGAUGUUCGCAUCACUGCCAGCAUUCAACCAGCGGACCUGUGUGCACCUGUAACCAUGGUUACACACUAGAUGAAGACCUUAAAACCUGCAUUGAUGUUGACGAGUGUGGAGAGGAGAUCUCCUUUUGUGAGCAGGACUGCACCAACUACCCUGGGGGUUAUGAAUGCUACUGCUCUGCAGGAUACAGACUCAACUCAGACGGGUGUAGCUGCGACGAUGUAGACGAGUGUCUGGCCGCUAACGGUGGUUGCGAUCACACAUGCCAGAACAGCGCCGGUUCCUUCCAGUGUUACUGCCGCCGGGGUUUCCGUUUGGAUGAGGACCGGCAUUCUUGCAUCCCACUAGAAGAUGCAGUCGAGGCUCUGUCCAGCGGAGGCUCUAUCGAGCUGCCACUCAUUCGCCCCCAGCUCACCUUGCUGCAGGACUACAGCCAACCCCUGGAGCGCUUUGACGACUAUGAAGAUGACGAAGGGGAGCUGAGGGCUGAGAGUAACCUGGCGGAAAAAUUUGUGUGCUUGGAUGACACUUUCGGCAGCGACUGCAGUUUGACGUGCGACGACUGUUCUAAUGGAGGAAAAUGUAAUCCGUGGAAAAACGGCUGCAAUUGCCCUGACGGGUGGACGGGCAUUAUCUGCAACCAGACGUGUGCCGAGGGAUAUUUUGGCAAAAACUGCUCCUUCUCCUGCAAGUGUAAAAAUGGUGCCAGCUGUGACCCCGUCAAUGGAAGCUGCCGCUGUCCUCCUGGUGUGAGUGGAGACUUGUGCCAGGACGGCUGUCCUAAAGGCUUCUAUGGGAAGCAGUGCAACAAGAAGUGUAAUUGUGCCAAUAAUGGGCGGUGCCACCGUACCUACGGAGCGUGCCUGUGUGAUGCCGGACUCUACGGACGCUUCUGUCAUCUCACGUGUCCCAAGUGGACUUUUGGACCCGGCUGUUCUGAAGAGUGUCAGUGUGACCAGCAGAACACUGUCGAGUGUCACCGCCGCUACGGCACCUGUGUCUGUAAAGCUGGUUACCGUGGUAACACCUGCAAGGAAGAAUGCAAGCCAGGUACUUAUGGAACCGGCUGUGAGAGGAAGUGUGCCUGUCCAUCAGGAGUGUCGUGUCACCACGUGACCGGAGAGUGCCAACGAAAGUGCCCUCCUGGUCUUCAUGGGGAGAACUGCGAUCAAGUCUGUCCAGAGGGAAGAUUUGGGCCCGGCUGCGUUCACUCUUGUAACUGCACCGGCGCACCAUGUGACAAAGUAACGGGAGAGUGUCAGUGUCCAGCAGGCACAUCAGGAAGCCACUGUGAAAACUUGUGUCCAGAGGGUUUCUGGGGUCUAGGCUGUGGAGAAAUCUGCCCGGUGUGCGAGAAUGGCGGCAUAUGUGAUAAAGACAACGGAUCGUGUAACUGUCCUCCAGGAUUCAUGGGAAGACUCUGCCAAAAUUUGUGCCCGAAUGGACGCUUUGGUCAAAAAUGCCAGAUGAAGUGCAUCUGCGAGAACAACGCUCGCUGUGACCCUGUGAGUGGGCGGUGCACCUGUGCUCCUGGUUGGACUGGGCACAACUGCAGGAAAGCUUGUGAUGCGGGACACUGGGGGGCCGACUGCUCACAAACCUGCGACUGCAGGAACGGAGACGGAAGCUGUGACGCUGUGACAGGCCAGUGCAACUGCGAAGCUGGUUUCACUGGAACUCACUGCCAUCAGAAGUGCCCAGCAGGUCUGUUUGGUCUCGGGUGCCGCCAUCGGUGUCAGUGUGAAAACAACGCAUUGUGCGACCACGUGAGCGGAGCUUGUACCUGCCAGAGGGGAUGGACGGGGACCUUCUGUGAAAAGCCAUGUCCUGGGGGUUUCUACGGUUUGGACUGCCAGGAAAAGUGUUUGUGUCAAAACGGCGCGAGCUGUGAUCAUGUCAGCGGCGUUUGUUCCUGCCCCGCUGGUUGGAUCGGCCCGUUCUGCAACCUGACGUGCCCAGCUGGUUUCUAUGGGGAAGGAUGUAACCGAACCUGUAGCUGCCGUAACGAUGGCAUCUGCCACCCAGCCAGUGGGCAGUGUGCAUGCAUGCCGGGCUGGACCGGACCCAACUGCACAAAAGAGUGUCCCACUGGGUUUUAUGGAGCAGACUGUCAGCAGCGUUGCUUGUGCCAGAAUGGAGCCACUUGUAAUAAGACCAGUGGAAAAUGUGCAUGCGCCAGCGGCUGGACAGGCACAGCCUGUGAACUGGAAUGCGUGGCCGGCCGAUUCGGGGCGGACUGCCAGCAGCGGUGUGAAUGUGAGAACGGCGGCCAGUGUGACAGACGGACCGGACGGUGCAGCUGCAGCGCCGGCUGGAUCGGAGAGCGCUGUGAGAAAGCGUGUGAUGUUGGACUGUUUGGCAUCGGCUGCCGGGAGCGAUGCCAGUGUCUGCACGGAGCUUCAUGCCACCAUGUCACCGGAGAGUGCCAGUGUCCACCAGGGUGGAGAGGGAAGCUCUGUGACAAAGCAUGUUUGCCGGGUACAUAUGGAAAGGGCUGCAUGCAGCGCUGCAGCUGUGCACAGGGCACGUCCUGCCACCACAUCUCUGGAGAGUGCGGCUGUCCUCCCGGAUUCACUGGCAACGGCUGUGAACAGACUUGUCUGCCUGGAACCUUUGGGCAGAACUGUAACCAGGUCUGUCAGUGCUCUGAGACAAAUCAGCUCUGCCACCCGGUGUCUGGAUCAUGUUACUGCGCUCCAGGUUACCACGGCCCCAAAUGUGCUCAAAUCUGCGGAGAGGGUCGUUAUGGUCCAAACUGUGAGAGUGAGUGUCAGUGCGAGAAUGGAGGGAAGUGCAUUCCUUCCACUGGAGCCUGUGAAUGUCCAGCAGGAUUUAUAGGACCGCGCUGCAACAUCACGUGUCCAGCUGGGCGCUACGGUGUCGACUGUGCCCGGGUGGCAUUGUGUGGAGAGGGAGCCCAGAAUGACCCGGUCACCGGUCGAUGUGUGUGCGCCCCUGGACGCAGAGGAGAGGACUGUGGAAAUGGCUGCCCUGCAGGCUGGUUUGGGGCAGAAUGUGCUCAACGCUGUAACUGCAGUAAUGGAGGAGUGUGCGACUCUGUGACCGGCAACUGUACCUGCGGUCUGGGCUGGACUGGUGCACACUGCAACAUAGAAUGUCCGGCGGGAAGAUUUGGUGCCAACUGCCAGCUGAAAUGUAGCUGUCAAAAUAAUGGCACGUGUGACAGAGUGACGGGGACGUGUCAGUGCGGUCCAGGCUACUAUGGGCAUCUAUGUGAACACGCCUGCCCCCCUGGUUUCCACGGCCCGCUGUGUCGGAUGCAGUGUGACUGUAUGAAUGGCGCCUCCUGUCACCCGGUGUCGGGUCGGUGUAUCUGUUCUCCGGGAUUUCACGGAGCCCGCUGUCACAGAGCGUGCGAACGGGGUCGCUACGGUCAGGGCUGCGUCCAGAUCUGUGACUGUGAAGACGACGCUCAAUGUGAUCCUGUGUCAGGAAGAUGCCUCUGCUCCUCGGGGAAGACUGGACCCAGAUGUGACAUUGACUGCAGAGAGAAUCGUUACGGGCCUGACUGCUCAGAGACCUGUGAGUGCGAGAACAGGGCGCAGUGCGACCGUCGCAACGGCCGCUGCAACUGCCUGCACAGCUGGAUUGGACCGUCCUGUCAGGAAGGUGGACCUCCGCGCCUCACCUAUGGGAGCAGCUCAAGACAAUCACAGCACAACAACUCAUUAUAGCAGCUCCAUCCAGCAGGAAAUCUCAACUGGGACAGGAGUUUUAAACUGAAGUGACUCCAGUGAGUGAAAGCUCAUGACUGUAGCAGCUGGGAGAUUCAUGGAAACGGACGCUCUGAUGAGAACUGCAGUUCCAUGUUUGCACCCGUCUGGAUGAUUUUUUUUUGUGUGCCAAAGUCUCCUCUGAACUGUUGGGGUUACACUGUCACUUGCAGCUUGUGAUUUCCAAACAUAACCCGUCUCACCUUCAGGAUAAGCAUUUCUUCUUCCAGAGUGCAGCGCCAGGAAGUCGUGGUCAGGUUUGCUGCACUUCCAGUACAUUGUGUUUUAUAUGUUUGCCCUCAAAAUACAGCGGAAGGUACUGUAUAAGAAAAAUACUCUACUUUUGUAAAGAUGUUGGUGAUAUUACUGAAUAUGAUGCAGUUAUGUCAUUUCUAUGAAGUCGUUUUCAGUCUAUACAACAUGAAGUAUGACCCUUGGGUAAAUGGUGCUAUGAUGCUUUACUGUACGGUGCAACAGAGAUUAUAUUGAUCCUCACAAGCUUUAUGCUAUAUCACAGUAAAGCAUACUCCUGAUGACUACAUAUGCUGUAAUGACAGUUUUUAAAGUUCAAUGUAAACCACUUCAGAUCAUUUGCACCUCCUUCAGGAUUUUUAUUUUUUGUAUAAAUUGCCUCAUAUUUAUAUUUCAUAAAUAAGUCAUAAAUGCAUCUUUUGUUUUCCACUGGAUAGAAGAGGCUUGGACGCUCUAACAAAUCCAAACAUUAUGAAUAAAGAUGGCAAAAUAAAAACAGA